CUUGCCGUUAAGAAUAAAAAAACUAAUCAAAAGUGAAAAUGUUGCGUGCGAUUAGAAAAAUCAGCACUGUGGGCAAACGCUGUUAUUCCGCACCGGCGUUACCUCAACCCAAACCAAACCCAGAGAUUCUCUACACUGGCGUUUUCAUCAAUAACGAAUGGCACAAGUCAAAAAGCGGCGACACUUUCGAGACGAUCAAUCCAGCAACAGGCAAAGCGAUCACUCGCGUGGAAAAGGGCGGUAAGGCCGAUGUGGAAGCGGCAGUCGCCGCCGCCGCGCAGGCAUUCAAGUUAGGGUCCCCAUGGCGUACCACCGACGCCACGCAACGAGGCCGUCUUCUUUUCAAAUUGGCGGAUCUCAUUGAACGUGAUGCUGCUUACAUCGCGAGUUUAGAGACUUUGGACAAUGGAAAACCUUAUUCCAUGGCUUACAUGGUGGAUGUCCUUGGAAGCGCUAACUUUAUGCGUUAUUACGCCGGUUGGGCAGAUAAACACCACGGAAAAACCAUCCCCAUUGAUGGUAACUACAUUGCCUACACCCGCCAUGAACCCGUAGGUGUUUGCGGGCAGAUUAUCCCUUGGAAUUUCCCUCUGAUGAUGUUCACAUGGAAAGUGGCACCCGCUUUGGCAAUGGGUAACACUGUUGUGUUGAAACCCGCUGAGCAAACACCUCUUACCGCUCUCUACUUGGCUCAACUUGCAAAAGAAGCAGGUUUCCCUGCGGGUGUGCUAAACAUCGUCCCUGGAUUCGCCGAGGCUGGUGAAGCCAUUGUCAGACAUCCAUUGGUUGAUAAACUCGCGUUUACUGGAUCUACUGAAGUGGGUCUUAAGAUUCAACAGCUUUCCGGUGUUGAUAAACUCAAACGUACCACUUUGGAAUUGGGCGGGAAGUCUCCCAAUAUUAUUCUUUCGGAUGUGGAUAUCCCUUCGGCUGUUGAGCAGGCCCAUCAGGGUUUGUUCUUCAAUCAAGGGCAGGUAUGCUGUGCAGGUUCCAGGACUUACGUCGAAGAGAAAAUCUACGAUGAAUUUGUUGAGAGGUCCGUUGAACGCGCAAAGAAACGCGUUGUAGGAAACCCCUUCGAUUUAACCACGGAACAAGGACCACAAGUUGAUGAGUCACAAAUGAAGAAGAUUCUGGAGAUGAUUCAAUCGGGUGUUAACGAUGGCGCUUCAUUGGGAGUGGGUGGACAACGAUUCGGGGACCAAGGAUAUUUCGUGCAACCGACAGUGUUCUACAAUGUUAAAGAUGAUCAUAGAAUCGCCCGUGAAGAGAUCUUUGGGCCUGUUCAACAACUCAUCAAGUUCAAAAACCUUGAUGAGAUUAUCGAUCGUGCCAACGAUUCCAAUUAUGGUCUUGCCGCUGCUGUUUUCUCCAAAGAUAUCGAUAAGGUUAAUUAUCUGGUACAAGGAUUACGCGCUGGUACAGUUUGGGUGAACUGCUACAAUGUCUUCAGCCCGAGUGUACCCUUCGGCGGGUACAAGGACUCCGGACAUGGUCGUGAACUCGGCGAGUAUGGUCUCAGGCAGUACAGUGAAGUAAAGAGUGUUGUCAUGGCCACGCCACAAAAGAAUUCAUAAAUACCCCAUCUCCAUAAACACAAACUCAACAAAACACAAUUUACGGUUAAGUUACACAUAAUUUUCUAUGUUAAUUAAUAUAUCACAUACAAUAUAAAUAUAAACUUAGUUUGUUUAUAAAUAUCAAAAAAGAA